AUGGAAAGCCUGAUCGCCAAGAUUCAGCAGGAGGCUGCUCAAGCCAGUUAUGUAGGGCGUAAAAAGCUUUUAGACACCCUUCGAGACCUGCAAUACAGCAUCGAGACGCCGGAGGAUGCCAUGCAGAGAGUGAUACACAUGAAUCUUCACUUUGCUUCAAUCCGCACGGCUCUUGACUUGAACCUUUUCAAUGAUAUUCUUGACAACGCCGAACCCUCAACUGUUGCUGAUUUAGCAGCCAAGCACUCUGCAGACCCUUUGCUUCUCGGCAAGUACCAGAACCCCAGUCAUUCAGGAUUGAAAGGGCCAAUAAUCCUGACUUUGAGAUAG